UUAUUUCUGUUCUUUUCUUUUGCUUCCUGAUUAAACCUAUAAAUUUUCAGGAAAUUAUCUGUUUUAUGAGUAACAGAUGAGUAAACAAAACCAUUAUAGUUUAUUCAAUUUACACCCUCAAAAUUUAGUGAAGUUAGUGACUGGAUAAUGAUACACCCCAGAGAACUCAAUAAAAAAUUAUUGAAUGAAAGAAUGAACUGUUACACAAAUAAGUCCUAAAUGAGAGACUAAUGUGUCACCUCACUUUUUACCCUGGCUCUGUGCAGUCUUGGAAGUGGAUCCUUGCACCAGUCGUUCUUUAUAUCUUUGAGAGGAUCCUCCGGUUUUAUCGCUCCCAGCAGAAGGUUGCGAUUACCAAGGUUGUCAUGCAUCCAUCCAGAGUGUUGGAAUUGCAAAUGAACAAGUGUGGCUUCAGAAUGGAAGUGGGACAAUAUAUCUUUGUUAACUGCCCCUCAAUCUCCCUACUGGAGUGGCAUCCCUUUACUCUGACCUCCGCUCCAGAGGAAGAUUUCUUCUCCAUUCAUAUCCGAGCAGCGGGGGACUGGACAGAAAAGCUCAUAAAGGCUUUUGAACAACAGCAUUCACCCUUUCCCAGGAUUGAGGUGGAUGGUCCCUUUGGCACAGUCAGUGAGGAUGUUUUCCAGUAUGAAGUUGCUAUGCUGGUUGGAGCAGGAAUUGGGGUCACCCCCUUUGCUUCCAUCUUGAAAUCCAUCUGGCACAAAUUCCGGCAUGCUGACCACAACCUCAAAACACAAAAGAUCUAUUUCUACUGGAUCUGCAGGGAGACAGGUGCUUUUGCCUGGUUCAAUGACCUAUUGACUUCCCUGGAACAGGAAAUGGAGGAUUUAGGCAGAGUGGGUUUUCUAAACUACCGCCUCUUUCUUACCGGAUGGGACAGCAACAUUGCUGGUCAUGCAGUAUUAAACUUUGACAAGGCCACUGACAUCCUGACAGGUCUGAAACAGAAAACUUUCUUUGGGAGACCAAUGUGGGACAAUGAGUUUUCUUCAAUAGCUACUGCCCACCCCAAGUCUGUGGUGGGGGUUUUCUUGUGUGGUCCCCGGACUUUGGCAAGGAGCCUGCAGAAAUGCUGUCACCGAUACUCCAGUCUGGAUCCUAGGAAGGUUCAAUUCUACUUCAACAAAGAAAAUUUCUGAAUUACAGAAAUAAGAACGGUAAUCUGCAUUUUGUCUCACCUUUGUAUCUUCAACAACUUACUUGGUCUGGUCAGGUUUGGGCAGCCACUUUAGGAUAAUAAUGUGCAUCUCAAGCUUUGACUCUCUGGCGUUUUUUUGGUUGCAUCCAACUUCAUUACUUGAGCUUCACCAAUCUAAGAACAUCAGAAGUCACAGUAAUUGCAAAGCCCAUGGAUCCUUUCUUGUGCAAAAUAACUAAAUCCUUCUAGAAAGCCAUGACUGCAGGAAGGCUUGAUGGAAGAGCUUUCUUUGGUGGUUGACAGUUAAACAAUUUAACCCCAUGUGAUUUUGCUGAUUCCAAAUGUUACCAUUUCCUGGACUUUGGUUCAUAAUCUCCCCUUCCACCCACCCUCACAGAAGAUUUCUAAGUAGGGUGACUUUUUAAAUAAAAAUUUAUUGAAUAAUGAUAAAAUAUAACAAUAAACAUAAAUAAUAAACUGAACAUAAAAUUACCUAGAACCCCAUCCCCACAUAACACCAACUAUGUACAUUCUUACUGUUACUUUAAACAUGGUCUUAUCCAGUGUGAACAGCCAUUUAUGCUUUACUUAAUUUUUGUCAAAAAAUGAAGGAUUUUCUUCUUUGCUUAAUGAAUGAGUCAUCUGUUACUUUUUCUGGGCUCUCCAUUUGGGAAAGAAAAUCUUGACAGUAUGCUAAUUGUAAUUGAAAUUGUAUUAUAAUUGAAAGUCAGCUAUAUUGUCAUCUUCUAUUGUUCUGUUGGACAUGACUAUGAAAACUUGAACUCCAUCUUAGGAUGACUUAGUCAACAGGGGCUCUUUAUCACCAUUUUUAAGGGGUUUUACUUAUGUCU